UUAAUAUUAAAAUUGGAAGUUUGUAUAUUUUGUUGGAUAUUGGAAAUUGAAUGUAAUGGCUACAGAAUUUAUAAAGAGUUGCUGCAGAGGAUGUUUCUAUGGUGAAAAAGAAAAGCACAAUUUUUCAGUAGAAAGAGACUUUAAAACAGCAGUCUCAAAUAGUCAAAAUACUACCGUGUGUGUACUUCCAUUUACAUCUGUUUCUGUAAAGCCUCAGGUUGGCUGUACUGAAGAUUAUUUGCUUUCCAAAUUACCUUCUGAUGGCAAAGAAGUACCAUUUGUGGUGCCCAAGUUUAGGUUAUCUUAUAUUCAGCCCAGGACCCAAGCAACUCCUUCUCAUCUGGAAGAACUUGAAGGAUCUGCCAGAGCAUCUUUUGGAGAUCGAAAGGUAGAACUUUCCAAUUCAUUCCAGCAUGGGCCCAGCUAUGAUGUAUAUAACCCAUUCUAUAUUUAUCAGCAUAUUUCACCUGAUUUGAAUCGGCGCUUUCCUCCUCGUUCAGAAGCAACAAGACUGUAUGGAUCAGUUUGUGAUUUAAGGACCAGCAAAUGUCCCAGUUCUCCUGGGCUAAGCAAAUCUAUGUUUGAUCUGACAAGUUCAUCUCAGCGAUUCAUCCAGAGACAUGAUUCAUUGUCCAGUGUACCCAGUAGUUCUUCUUCAAGGAAAAAUUCUCAGGGGAGUAACAGAAGCCUAGAUACAAUUACUCUGUCAGGAGAUGAAAGAGAUUUGGGGAGAUUGAAUGUGAAAUUAUUUUAUAAUUCUUCAGUAGAGCAGAUCUGGAUCACAGUUUUACAGUGUAGAGAUUUAAGUUGGCCCUCAGUUUAUGGAGAAACUCCUACUAUUUAUGUAAAAGGAAUAUUGACAUUGCCCAAACCAGUACAUUUCAAGUCUUCAGCCAAGGAAGGUUCCAAUGCUAUUGAAUUUAUGGAAACUUUUGUAUUUGCUAUUAAACUUCAAAGUCUACAAACUGUAAGACUUGUGUUUAAGAUUCAAAUGCAGACUCCCAGGAAGAAAACCAUUGGAGAAUGCUCACUAUCACUCAGAACUCUUAGCACUCAGGAAAUGGAUUACUCUUUGGAUAUAAUACCACCUUCAAAAAUUUCUGUUUGCCAUGCAGAACUUGAAUUGGGGACUUGUUUUCAGGCAGUAAAUAGCAGGAUUCAGUUACAGAUUCUUGAGGCCCAGUACCUUCCAAUCUCUUCAACACCUCUGACUUUGAGUUUUUUUGUGAAGGUGGCAAUGUUUAGCUCUGGAGAGUUGAUUUAUAAGAAGAAGACACGCUUGCUAAAGGCCUCCAAUGGAAGAGUAAAGUGGGGAGAGACUAUGAUUUUUCCACUUAUACAGAAUGAAAAAGAAAUUAUUUUUCUCAUUAAGCUUUAUAGUCGAAGCUCUGUAAGAAGAAAACACUUUGUGGGCCAGAUUUGGGUAAGUGAAGACAGUAAUAACAUUGAAGCAUCGAACCAGUGGAAAGAGACAAUUAUAAAUCCAGAAAAGGUUGUUAUCAAGUGGCACAAAUUAAAUCCAUCUUGAGACCUACACACAUGAAUUUGAUGAAGAACUUGACAGUCUUUUUGAAGACCUACGAUUUCAAUUUGCUACUAAUGAGAAGAGAGAUAUCAAUACAUUUUUAAAUUUUAUUAUAGGUCAUAAUUAUAGUAUAUGAUGGAUCUGAUAGAAAACUAAACUUGAUGGAAAAGAUAAUGAUUUUAUCAGAUAUUCAAAGUGAAGGAAAUGUUUUAAAACUACCAAAACAGAUAGUAAGAAGGUAAUAUUAUUAGGGCAACUAAAUAAAUUACAAAGUCUAUGAGAAUAUCAACCAUAGAUAGUUCUUUCUUUGUUAUGUUUUUGCUUUUGUUUUUUAAACUUUACCUAGAUAUUCAUAGCUUAGUACUUCAUCUAUCAAAUCUCUGUUAAUGCUAUUAGACAUUUGGGCUAGGCAUUAUUGAUUAGAUCUUAGUUCCUCUGUUUACCUCUUGCUAUCUAUUGUUUUCUCUCAGCAAAAAUGAAUUGAACCAUUUCAA